CCGGAGCCUCUGGACAAACAAACAGAAAAAGGGGGGCUUUUCCUCCGGGGCCGGCGCCGCCGCCGCCGCCGUCUGAAGCUCUAAACCCUCUCCGCCGCGGCAGGGCCAAGUUUCAAAGGCAGACUUUGAUCAAGAUGGCCUCGCAGAACACCGGGUCGGGAUCGUCAACCUCUUUGGGCAGUCUAUUUGAUUCAGACGAUGAAGAAAACAGUGCCCCUUCACUGCCCACGACAGAAGCUGACCGAGAUACCGAGGAGCCAGAUUCUUUCUGGAAAAAGAGGUCAUAUUUGCUGACCAAAAUGAGCUUCUCGAAGCAAGAGGUCGAUUUGGCAGUCAGAGAGUUGGGCGAGGGAGCAUCAAUUGAUCAGCUUGUGAACUGGAUUGUGACCGCUCAAGAAGCUAAAACUGAGGGAAAUGCUGAAUUUCUGCCUGCGCAAAUGGAUAAACCGCAUUCUUUGCUCCAGAUGGGGUUUACUCAACAAGAAGUCUCAUUUGCUAUUGAAGCUUUUGGUCAAGAAGCCAAAGUUGAGGAGCUCGCUGACGCAAUUCUGGCAAGGCGAAUUGCAAAUAACAUUGAACAGAAAGAAGAAACUGCUGAAUUGCUGCCUGAGGUAAUGGAUAAACCACUUUCUUUGCUCAAGAUGGGUUUCAAUAAAGAAGAGGUCUCAGCUGUGAUUGCUAUUUUCGGUGAGGAAGCAACAGUCGAGGAGUUGGCUGACUCGAUAUUUGCAAGACGCUUCUCAAAUACCACUGAGCAGAAAAAGGUGAAGAUAGAGUCUGAAUUUCCGGACGAGACAGAAACUGGGUAUUCAACAUCGAGAUUGAGGUUCUAUGAUGAUGAGGAUGAUGCCAACAUCAGAUGUAAAAAGGCCAAGCAUGCAUUUGGAGAUGACAGAAGGGCGUCAAGCAGUCAGAAUGUUAAUCAAUCUAGCCGCACUCCAUGGUUAAGUCGUUGUUCUGGGUCAAUUGCUAAUGGUUCUCUGAAGGAUGAAGGUGUUGAAAGGACAUCAAGCCCUGGUAGAAAUAUCCACGGUGACCUUGUCAAACCUCCCUUCUUCAUCUAUGCAAGUCUGGUUGACAUCACCAAAGAAACUUGGAAUACCUUAUCGAGUUUCUUAUUCAAUGUUCAACCGGAGUAUCUAAACAGUCAGUCCUUCUCAGCUCUGACGCGAAGGGAGGGUUACAUUCAUAACCUUCCAACGGAGGGAAGGCAUGUUGCUGUUCCAAGUUCACCAAUGACGAUCAGAGAUGCAUUACCUUUGACAAGGCAGUUCUGUCCCUCCUGGGACACGAGAAAACGGAUUGAUGGUGUUGGCUUAGAUGUGGCAGGAACUGAACAGAUUCGUGCGAAGCUGGAGAAGGCAAUGAGAGAUUCACGAGGAAUUCUUUCAGAAGUGAAGCAAGCACAGAUUGUCCAACAAUGCAAGACGGCGAAUCUUGUCUGGAUCGGUCAAGGCAAGUUAGGCCCUCUGCAGCCACACCAGAUGGAAGCGAUACUAGGCUAUCCAGCUAACCACACAGAUCUGCCGGGCAUAGACCCACACGACAAGGUUGCUUCUUUGAGGUAUGCCUUGCAGACAGACACCAUGGCAUACAUUUUGUCGGUCCUAAAGGACCGGUAUCCUGAUGGGCUGAGGGUCCUCUCUAUUUUCAGUGGAGUUGGGGGUGCAGAAGUUGCUCUACACCGUCUUGGCAUCCCGCUGAGAUGCGUGGUGUCCGUAGAGGAGUCUGUGGUGAACCGUAGAGUUCUAAAGAGGUGGUGGGGGGAAACCCAGCAGAAUGGAAAGCUGAGACAACUGGAUAGGAUCCAGAAGCUAGAUACUAAGGAGUUUGAGGCCCUGAUGAAAGAGUUUGGUGGUUUUGACCUGAUUGUUGGCGGAAAUUAUGGUCUGUACAGAGGCGCAGCGAUGACAGUGGGCACAGCCAUGGGUAUGGACACCAGUCGGUUCUUUGAGUAUGUCCGCAUUGUCCAGAUGGUGAGAAGAAAAAUGCAAGGAAUUGCCUGACACACAAAGAUUUGUCCUUGUUCGUUCUCCCGUGGAUGUGGAUCAUCAAGGGCUGGUAGGAACACCUUCACAAAAAUUCUUCUUCUUUGUCUUGCUGUAGCAUGUAUUGUCUGCAACGGGACCUCAUCCUUGCACCAUAGAAAGAAAGCUAGCUGGUCCAAGAUCAGAGUACAGAGGCUGUAUUUGCUUUCCAUGAGAUUCAGUUCAGUUCCUCACUGCAUCGUUGAUUUCUGUGACAGACACCAAUCAACAAAACUAAUUUGUAAUGUGAGGCAGCAGCCAUUUUUUGUUCGAGUAGAGAGCACAGAUUCAGUUCAGUUCCAAAUUAGGAAGCAUGUGUUGUUGCAUCCUGGCUGUAAUCAUGGGGGGAUUCGGUUGUAGAGUGCAGAGAGGAGUCUUCCUGAUUCUGACCUAGAUGAAGGUGAGGUGGAUGGUGUAAUGUAUCAAGUGAUGAGUUUCUUGCGCUCCUCGAGAUUUUGACUGAAGACGAGUCUAGUGGCCGGCAAAGACAAAAGCCCUAUUGAAUGUCCAGCAAAUGGUCUUCGAUCAUGCUGUCGAGAUUUCAUAACGACAAUGUUGUUGUAUGUAUGUAUGUAGUUUUUUUCUUUCUGGCAAUGUUGUUGAGCUUGUGAGCUAUGGCAAAGCUGAUCAAGCAACGGCACUUUGGUUAUGCACGUCGCUUGAUUGGAUUUGCCAUAUCUCAGAAACCGAUUUGUCCCACCGCCAUCGGUGUGUAGGGGGCAGUAUGUGGCUGUUCUUCUCGGGCCUUGCUGCCAUGGCUUGGUGAUCCACCGAGUUCGAAGAUGGUGGCGCGCCAUCAGCCAUGGAGAUAUACCUCUACAUCUUUCUUCAUGGCCGUCUGGAAAGGAGAUGUAGGCGUCGACGAUGCUUGGACCAACCCAUGGGAGAGACUAGCAACCCAUGGUGAUGGUGCUGUCAGUUCAAGGCAACGUCUGACGGUCUGCGUAGUCUGUUGCGGCAUGGAUCCGCCUCGGGCGGUAUCAAUUUAUAGUCUCAGGACGUAUACUCGGCGCCGACAUACACCUGCAAUUGGCAGUUUUUGAUCUACAUUAACGUACAAACCACCGCCUAUGGAGCACUCUAGAUCCAUGUAAUGUGUGUACGUGUUCAUGUACCUAGUGCUAAUGGAAGUGGCAUGUAGUACUUGUAGUGUUGAUCAAAUAAUCAUCAUAUGCAUAGUUAAAGCACGACUCUUUUUGUA